CAACGAUUCUGCACUAGUAAAAAAUUAAAAGUUCAAGUCAUGUUAAACAUGUUCCAAAAGAUGCACAGGUUAUUGUAUCAAUCAUGAAAGAUAUGGGAAUAAAAGAUUAUGAACCUAAAGUAAUAAAUCAGCUACUAGAAUUUACAUACCGAUAUGUCACUUGUAUCUUAGAUGAUAGCAAGAUUUAUGCUAAUCAUAGUAAGAAGAAAUUUAUUGAUUUAGAGGAUGUUCGACUUGCUGUUAAAAUGCAAUUGGAAAAAUCAUUUACAAAUCCACCACCAAGAGAAGUUCUGUUAACUGUUGCUAAAGUAAAAAAUAAUAUUCCAUUACCAUUUGUGAAACCAAGUUAUGGAUUGCGAUUACCUCCUGACCGUUAUUGUUUAAAUGGUACUAACUAUAAGUUCAAGUCAUCUCGUAAAAAAUCUAGCAAAAUGAAUUUCGGAAAUUUGAAUAUUACUAGUAACUUAGGAAGAAUAAAUUCACAAGGUUUUUCUAUUGUAAAAAGACCUGGAACAAUAACUACUAUGUCAAGAACGCAAACAAUUUCUAUAUCAAAGCCAGUUUUUAAGGUUUCUACAAAUAACUCAAGUUUAAUUAAGUCUCAUACACAAAUAAAAACAAAGAUGCCACUUACAUCAGAAUCAGGACAAAUAUCUUUACCAUUAGUUAAAUCAGAACUUGAAGAAUCUAGUAAAAGAAAGCGAGAAGAUGAUGAUUAUGAUGUUCCUUAAUUUGUAAAAUCGAAAUUAUUUAAUAAAAUUUAGUAUCAAGUUUUGUAAGUAACAAGAAAUCUUAUUACAGAAGUAUUUUUUAAUAUUCAUAUACAAUAGAUUAAU